AUGCGUUCUCCCACCAACCCUGGCGCGAAAAAGUGGCCACCGAACCAUCUAUUUGUCAUAUCGUCCGAAUGGGGCACACACUCACACUCAAACUCACACCACAGACACACAAACACACACACGAGCACUCUCGCCCUUGUCCCAAAUUCUGGCACAUGCUGUACCCCUGGCCUCGCGCAUAGCCGGGCCCCUGUUUAUGACACGGCCUUGCCCUCCCCACAUGCCUACUGUCGGUACAAUCGCAACUCGGCCUUUGAGGGACAAUUGGACAUUAGAAAAAAGAUUACACCCUCCCGACAUACUUUCCUGUCCGAGGCCCGACCGCAGGUGCUGACGCUUUCGACAGCUUCUCUGCAGGCCUGGGACACGCCGAUUCCUGUAAUCAACACACCCGGCCAGCUCAGUGGCACACUAAACCAUCUUUCCAGCACUAUCAUUCACACCGUCUCUUCGACAUACACACAGGCGUGCUUGUGUAUGCACAUGUGUACAUUUGUGGGUGCGCGAAAAAAUUAA